AUGGGUACGCCAAAGACGAGCCGAUCUCGAGACACCCUCCUUUCCCGUGGCGACAUCGAAGCGUUGAUAGCAGAGGGACGGAAAGUGGUGCUUGUCGACGGCAAAGUGCUGAAAGUCGACGCAUGGCUACCCUUUCACCCAGGUGGUAGCAAGGCCAUUCUGCACAUGGUCGGAAGAGACGCUAGCAACGAGGUCAAGGCAUUUCACUCCAUUGAGACCCGACAGUUCAUGAGGAGAUACCAGAUUGGCAGAUACGAGGGCCAGUGGCUCGACUUUGUGCCCCCAAUCCAAGGAGGCAUCUUCCGAUCGAAAGAGGAGCGAGAGACUACGUGUACAAUGGGAGGAGAAGCCGAGCAGGACUCAUCGGGCCAGGAGAGCUCGGGUGAGCCAUCUCCGAUCUUUGAUCCAGCAGAUCACCGCUCGUCUCUUCGCAGGAGGCGUGCCAGCGACGAUGCUGCAAGCGACUCGUCUGCCACGUCGCUUGACACGCUCGCCAUCGGCGACCCCAUCGUCGACCCAAAGAGAUACUCCACGAAAGAGAGGACACAACAAGAAAUCCAGCACGAUCUUGAAGUCUUCCCAAGUUUGGAUCCAGCCACUCAAGCAAACAUCGUUACUAAGUACAAACAGCUCGAUGAGCGACUACACGCGGAGGGACUCUACGAUUGCAACUACUGGGCCUACGCGAUUGAGAUAUGCCGCUAUGCAGCUCUAGGCGCUCUCGCAUUCUUCUUCCUCCGCACAGGCCAUUACGCUCUCGCUGGACUGUUCACUGGCAUGAUGUGGCAUCAGCUCGUCUUCACCGUCCAUGAUGCAGGCCACAUGGGCAUCACGCAUAACUUCCAUGUGGACAGCGUUAUUGGAAUGGUCAUCGCCAACUGGAUUGGAGGUCUUUCCUGCUGCUGGUGGAAACAGAAUCACAAUGUCCAUCAUAUCGUCACCAACAGCGCUGAACACGAUCCCGACAUCCAGCACAUGCCGUUCUUCGCCAUCAGCCAUCGCUUCUUCGAGAGCCUUCGAAGCACCUAUUACGAUAGAAUCAUGACUUACGACCCAGUUGCCAAGUUCGUGCUGCGCUACCAGCACUAUCUCUACUAUCCCAUCCUCACGUUUGGGCGCUUCAAUCUCUACGCCCUUAGCUGGCAGUACAUCAUCAUGGGCCAAGGUCCGCGCAAGGGACCUGCAUGGUGGCACCGCUACUUCGAGGCUGCAGGACAGAUCUUCUUUUGGUAUUGGUUCGGCUAUCUCACGGUCUACAAGUCGAUACCCACUGCUUGGGAUCGCAUCCUCUUCGUCUGGAUCAGCCACGCCGUGACGAUGCCGGUGCAUGUACAGAUCACGCUGUCUCAUUUCGCCAUGAGCACUGCCGACCUGGGUGUCGCAGAGUCAUUCCCGCAACGCAUGCUGCGGACGACCAUGGACGUCGACUGCCCCGAAUGGCUUGACUUCUUCCAUGGUGGUCUUCAAUUCCAAGCAGUCCACCACCUGUACCCGCGCAUGCCAAGACACAACCUGAGACGAGCUCAGAAGCUGGUCAUUGAUUUCUGCAACGAAGUUGGCAUUCCGUACGCAAUCUAUGGAUUCGCAGAGGGCAAUGGGAAGGUCAUUAGCCAACUCGAGGAAGUCGCAAGACAGGCACGCAUCUUGGCCGAGUGCCAGGGGACGAUGGGCGUGAAGGAUGCACUUGAAGGACAUUGA